CAUAAUUCAUGCGCCACACUUCUCGGCUAGAACAGGUCCCCCUUUUUUCUUUAUCCCCCCCUUGGGUGGAUUAAGAUUUGAUUGAUUCCCCUUUCACAAGUCAUGAGUGAGUGAGUGACUCGACUGACUGCAAGUCAAUCACGGAUACAAGUCUGCUGCCUACCAGCUCACAUUGUCGGGCAAGGUUUGGACGAACAAGCGAGCAAGCAAGGUUUGAAAGGGCUAGCUACGCUGGAAUAUCGUAUCGCCACAUUGCGCGCUCAAGGUCACGGUCAAUCAAGGUCUCGGCCACGGCCACGGCCACGGUUACGGUCACAGUCACGGUCUGUUGACCCGGACGGACCGGAUCGGAUCGGAUCAGCUCAGCAACCCACGAACGAGUGAAGCUACAGAAUUCUCGUUCCAACUUCCACAGACAAUGUGAACUCAGCCACUCUUCAAGCCGUUGUCUCUCUCUUCCUCUCUCUCUGUCGUCUUCGUCUCCUUCUUCUACCCGCGUCGUAUUAGAUACACCCAUCCCUAACCAAGGAUCGACACAACGUCUUCCGCGACGACCAGCAGUCAUGGAUGGUCAGAAGACCUCGUCAACUGGCCAAGGAGGCGGCAACAAGCCGCCUCGCCACAAGCACGUCGGAUCAUCCUCCUCACUCGGCUCGCUAUACGAAGUUCUGGCCGACCUCGACGACACCCAGCUGCAGUAUCUCAUCCAGGAGAUGAACCACACCGGCCAUCGCAACGUGCCUGUGUCCCAGGCAGUGUCGGCGUUGGAGGCGCAAGCCCCCACCAACUCUUUGGUCUUCGCAGGCCCGGUUCCGCCAGCCUCUGUGCAAUCCAUGCAAGCACCGCAGCGGCGGCUCUCCAAGUCGCAACAAGGGAAACUCCGCCUGCAGACUGCUUUUCGGAGAGUGCCCUCUCUAAGAUUACAAGAGAGAGGACUCGAUAGCCCAGGAGGAGGCCAGGUCGACCCGGAUCUGGGCGCGGACGCGGACGCCGAGGGCAGGCCCAGAAACGACCAAAGUCCUCGUUCUCACCCUCCUCUUCCUCCUUCUCCUCCUUCGGAGCCGCACGACGACUCGGUUGUGAAGCCUGGCGGUUGGGGCCCGAUCUAUCAUGACAACGCCGAAGUAUCUCCAAGAAGCAACCGGGGCAAACGGCAGCUGAUAGAGAAGGCCAUCGACGCAGGUAGUGUACGGCCACCCAGCGAGAGGAACAGAAGGGAAAGCCCCGCAUACAGACGCAUCCCUCGACCAGACUUCAACCUUCCAGCAGGUGUCACCGUCGUGGACCUGCUACAACUCCUUGAAGUCGAGUACCAAUCCUCCAACUCACCACCCUCAUCUCCCCCCAGCUCAUCCUCUUCCCCGUCGUCCUGCGCGUUCCACCUCCCGAAGCGCCGAUUGCCCGCCGCAGAUCCCAGACACCCGAACCAGACGCCCAACUGGCCCGAGUCGCGGCCCCUGCGAAGGCACACUUCCCGGUUGGACAUGGCACUCGACGUGGAACGGGGGGCUUCUGGCGCAAUGGAGAUCGGGAUGAGCAUGCUGGAGCCGCGACAGUUGAGGUCGGUUUCGCUCGGGGCACCUGGUAGAAUCGAUUCGGCAGCCAACAUGUCGCUGGAUCCGUUUGAGCGUAACUACAAGGGCGAAUCGUCAUCGCUCGCGCCGCCCGUGGUAUAUGAGGGAAUCUUUGACGUUCUCGAGAACCGAUGAGUUUCUUUUUCGAAUUUUUUGGGUUUUGGCCACUCUCUCUUGUUUCCGUCAUUCUUUCCCAGGCAUUUACCCGUUGCGAGACAUAGCGAUAUCUGUAGACAUAGAUUCGGUUACACCAGGAGGCCAGUAUUUAGUGCGGAUUUCUUUCAACCCUCUUCCUUGGGAAACACCCUCAAGUAGCAUCUCCCAACUUCAAGAAUAGAAAAAAACGGCGUCGGCGUCGGCGUUCUUUGGUCUCAGCGUCCUUGGUCGUCGUAGCUUGAGUUGUUUGUCAUACUGCAAACAGGC